AUGACAGAACCAAAACGACCGAAAGCCCUGCCGCCGCGCUGCCAACACCACACCUCGUCACUUUUCCGAGCCAAGAAUGAGCAUCUGGUACAACCGCACUCAUACAACAUCAACGACGUCGCCAUCACGUUAUCAGAAAGCAUCACCGGACAGACACAAUGGACCGCCCGCGAGAAACCACUCAAAGACACCGUCGCCCGCAUCCUCUCCAAGCAGGGCAAAGAGACGAGCCCGAAAGUCGUGACGGCCAGUACCAUCUUCUCCCUCAUGAAGUCCAUCGACGACCUCUGCUUCCUCGGCCUGCUCUUCCCCACGACACACCUCAACCAUCCCUCCCACCCCGUCCAUCUCGAAGUCGGACAAGCGCGGGGUCGCGUGGGGUGGACCCAGGCGCUACGGACUAGGCCUGGGGGACCACGCGGCGCCGUCAGCACGGGCACUGGCAGCAGCAGCAGCCCGGGCCAGGGUCCGAGCAUCCUCAUCCGUCUGAGCACGGUCCGCCACCACGGAGACGACGUCGACAACGUGAACCACGACGGCGAGAAGAAGAAGACGAAGAACAAGUCGGAGGCGCUGACGCUCCGGGAGGUCGUCCAGGUCGCGAUCCACGAGAUGGUCCACGCCUAUCUGCUGCUGCUCUCGUGCCGGCACAAGCAGUGCGGCGCGGACUUUGAGCUGAUGCACCGCGACGAGGACGGCACCGGUCACGGGCUGGCCUUCGUGGCGCUGCUCAAGGCCGUGCUGGGACAGGUGCAGAGCUGGGCGCCGCAGCUGGGGGAGUUCGGGAUGACGGACGAGGCCAUCGAUCCCUACGAGGACUUCAGCGUCAAGCUGUGGAAGAGGGGCGAGGGGAUCGCGGCCAGGAGGUCUUACUUCGAAAUCGGAGUGGACUUCUGGACGUUGAGUUAUGAUGAGAUCGUCAGGUUUAGUCAGACUUUCUAUGCAUUCGCCAUGGUAUACAUCCUCGCGGUCGCCAGUUUCAAAGCAACCAUGCUAUUCUUCUACCAAAGAGUCUUCGGCGCCUUUAACUCUACAUUCACCGCAGUUUUAUGGGGCACACAAGUGUUCAACCUGCUCGCCUUCAUCGCCUUCUUCUUAGCGACACUGUUCCAAUGCCGACCCAUCAGUUUCGUAUGGUACGGCUGGGACGGUCAUCACGAGGGGGCUUGUCUCGAUGUUCACGCGAUCAUGUUAUCGCACGGCGCUGUGAAUGUCGCCCUAGACUUUUGGAUGCUCGUCUUGCCUGCGACGCAAGUGCUUCGGCUCAACUUGAGAAAGAGGCAGAAGGCUGAGAUUCUAGCCAUGUUUGGCAUCGGGAUUUUGUAA